AUGUCCGCCAGCGAUAACAGUGAAUCGUCUAACUUGGGGUCUCCUUUCUCCCAGUCAGAAUCUCCUUAUAGUUCCCCAUCGCAACAAGUGCCUCAGUUAGCCAACUUUUUGACAGAGCUGUCGUGUGCUGGACAGGCUGUUUCAAAAAAUGGAGAUAAAGGUCCUUUUCUUCGAAUUUUGGAACAACCACAAAAUCAUUUUAGAUUUCGGUACAGAAGUGAAAUGAUAGGAACUCAUGGUUGUUUACUUGGCAAGUCUUUUGCAAGCAAUAAAACUAAAACAUAUCCCACCGUUGAGCUUAUAAAUUAUGCGGGAAAAGCGCGUAUAAGAUGCCGGCUGGCGCAGCACGACAACCGAGAGGAACAUCCCCACAAGCUUCUAGAAGACGACCAGGACAGUGACGUCAGCGCAAAAGUCCCCGAAGAGGGCAGCUAUAAAGUCAGGUUUCCCGGUAUGGGUAUAAUACACACGGCGAAGAAGGAUGUUCCGCAAUUGUUAUUCAAGAAGUUCGAAACCAUUCUGAGAAGUAAUCCAACGAAAUCGUUCGACGAAAGAGCGCUUCGCGCGAAAUGCGAAAAUGUCGCUAAGAACAUCAAUCUGAAUAUAGUCCGUCUGAAGUUUAGCGCGCACGAUAUUCUGACGGAUAAGGAAAUAUGUGAUCCAGUCUUCUCCGAACCCAUACACAACAUGAAGAGCGCCGCCACGAACGAUUUGAAAAUUUGCCGCAUGAGCAGAUGCUACGGCCGCUCAAAGGGGGGCGAAGACGUGUUCAUACUCGUAGAGAAAGUGAAUAAAAAAAAUAUAAUGAUACGCUUUUACGAGCUGAGCGACACCGGCGAUGAGUGUUGGUCGGCAUGGGCGCACUUCCAUCAAAAUGAAGUCCACCAUCAGUACGCCAUAGUGUUCAGGACGCCGCCGUACAAGGGUCCGAAAAUCGGGUCAGAAGCGGAGGUUUUCGUAGAGCUCGUGCGCCCCUCGGACGGACGGACGAGCGAAUCGGAGAGGUUCACCUACAAACCGGAGUUUAUAAACACGAUGAGGAAGAAGCGGAAGGCGAAUUCCUCCUUCUCUUCCAUGGGGAGCGGCUCUGGUGGAUCGAUCAAUAGUUUAAGCGAUUUUCCACUACCAAUACAAAUGAUGCAACUGAAGAACGGCCGGGAAGAACCCCAAGAUGAAGUCAUGACGACGCUCCCAACAUCUAAUAUACCAGUUCCCCAGACGUCCGUCAUCAUGGCGUCGAACGACCUGGUCGCGGACGCGCUGUUCUACGACCUGUCGCCAAUCGCGCCCAGCCAGCUGAACGUGGGCCCAAUGCUGGGCCAGCCCAACAUCCCGGAGCCGCCUGUACUGCAGCUGAACUCGUCGGAGUUAGACCGACUCCUCAAGAACAACUCCGACAUGUCUUCCGAGGAGAAGAAGCAGUUUUACGAAGCGGACUGGACAGAAUACUACAAUUCAUACGGAGACAGUGUAACGGAUCGGAUGUUCGGUAUUGAGUCCACGGGACUAGUCGCUGAUUCUGCGCGAGUUAACGUGAACAAAAACGCACAGUUUCCGAAGAUGAGUCCGAUGUCAAGCGAAGAGGACCAUGUCGCCGUGAACAUUAUCAACAAAAAGAACACCGAAUAUUCCGCCUACUACAAGACUGAAGACGGCAUCGAAGUGAAGAAGCUCGUAAAGGAGCUGUGCGACAUGAUAAAGAACAAGACCUCUUAUAAAAAGCACGUGGUCAGGGAAAAGCUGGAGCGGCUCUUCGACAAGCGGCUCUCUAAUGGCGACACGUUCCUGCAUAUGAUGCUAGCCAACAAACAGCCCAGUUUGCAGUACAUUGUGAAGUUAAUAGACAGCAUGAAACUGACACAUUUGUUGAAUAUAACGAACAAUACCGCUCAGUCCAUACUGCAUCUGGCGAUCAUUCACGAUUCGCCGCAUCUGGUCAACUUCCUCGUGUCCAAAGGUUGCAAUCCGAUGAUCGAGGACAAUGAGGGAAAUAACGUCUUACACUAUGCAGUCAUUUGUCAGACGUGUUUGGCGCCAUUAUUGCAGGCUAUAAAGAACAACAAGGUAGACUACGACAUUAACGCCUAUAACAAUGAAAAGCAGACCGCACUGCACCUGGCCGCUAUAUACGGCUCCGAAGAGAGCUGCUCGCUGCUGCUCGCGAACGGGGCUUCCCUGCGCACGAGGGACAGCGACGGUCGCACCGCAAUCCACCUCGCCGCGUACGACGACUGCCUGCCGGAGAUGCGGGCACUCCUCGAACACGCGGAACCCAGCGACAUCGACGCAGUAGACGGAAGAGGAAACACCGCCCUGCAGAUAGUCUGCGGCGGUGCAAUGAGGCAAAACACUAUUGAAAUCGUGAAGUUGCUGCUGGAGAAAAAUGCCGAUCCUACUAAGAAGGAGGAUAACAACCAGCCAGCGUGGAGAAUGGCGCGCGACAAGCCUGAACUGCUCGCGGUGUUAAAGAGCCACCUGCCGCCGCACAUCCUUUGCGAGGACGAAAUCAAAUCUGAGCCCGAAGACGAAUACGAGUCGGCGGACGAUGUCGAGGCGGACAGCGGCCUUGGCGGCCUCUACCUAUACCUGGAGGAGCUGUCGCGCUCGCUCGACCGCAGCGGGGCUUGGCGCGAGUUGGCGGCGCGCCUGCACCACGACUCGCUGCUCUCCUGGUACACCGCGGCGGCGAGCCCGACCCGCACCCUGCUCACCAACUUGAAGGAGUGUAAUGAAGACAUAAAUUCAAAAUCACUAGCACUGCUCUUAGAAGACAUGGGGCAAAGGGAAGCGGCAAAUAUUAUAAGACGCUACAUU